AUGACCAUACUGGUGUGGUACUGGCCCUUCAACACGCCAAUGAGCCUGGAGGGUGACGUGUGCUGGGACCUCUACCACAUCCCUCGCUGUAAACUGGUGGACCAGCACUUUUUGUUCCCCUCAGCUGAUGUGGUGGUGUUCCACAACAGAGAGCUGGUUAGGGGCCAGCAGAAGCUGCCCUUAGACCUUCCACGGCCACAGGGCCAGACGUGGGCCCGGAUGUCCAUGGAUUAUAUCACAGAGAAGCUGUGGAGGAAUGCUUACCAAGGCGGGGCAGUACCUGUCGUCUUGGGGCCACCAAUCAGUGAUUACAAAGAUGUGGCUCCACCCAACUCUUUCAUCCAUGUUGAUGAAUUUGCAUCAGUGCGUGAUUUGAGAAAGUUUCUACAGGAGCUGGCAAAGGACAAGAAAAGCUACGCUGAAUAUUUUUCUUGGAAAAAACAGUGGAAAGUGAAAAUGUUCUCAGACUGGAGGGAAAAACUGUGUAAGAUCUGCACAAAGUACAACAGUUUACCUCAGCACAAGGUUUACUCAGAUCUACAGUCCUGGGACAAGAAUAAUAACACAACUUCCAUUGGCAAAUUGUGAAUUUUACCACAUUUCUCCCAUGUGCACGCCAUGUUUUAAUUUUCUGUGUCAGUCGCAAUUUUUUUUCAUUAUUGCAUAAUUUGUGAUGCAUUUUUCAUGUUGCUAUCCCAACAAAAAAAAUGUGAAAAAAAUUAACAGAUUGACAGAAAAUAGAUGAAAUGGUCAUAGAAAAUUAGGGACAAAGCCAUUUUUAUUGCAGAAAAUCUAGUGAAUCACAUUCCUGAGACUCAGGAAACUUUGUCCAAGAACAGUGUGGAAACUAUUCACCGAUCAGCCAUAACAUUAUGACCACCUGCCUAAUACUGUUUAUAUAGGAGUCAAUGUGGCAGC